AAAAGGAGGCUCCUAAACCCUAUACCCCUUGGCCGAGGCAACCGCCGUGUUCGCAGAUCGUCCGUGGUUCCCUUACAUCCUUCUCCAUUUUCUGGGCGAUGGCUUCGCCUUGCAGAUUACUUAGGAGGACGACGGUUUCUGCGGUUCGUUCUGCCAUUCGAGCUAGGGUCUCCUCGUCGCCCUCGCCGUGCGCCAGUCUGCCGACAGCUGGCGGGAAGGCGACGCCUUGCUCUCGUCGUCUUCAGUCCUUCACCAGAUUGCCAGUUGAAUUGAGUUGUGGACCUUCCCUGUUUCCACUGCAUAGCGCUGUUGCCCUCGCGCGCCUGUCUUCAUGCUUAAGUGUAAACUCUCAGAGUUGUCGUGCACUUUCUCAGGGUACAUUCUGUCGGACCUCUCCCGGACUCUAAUAUUUUGUGUCUGGAAGAUCGGUGUGGCGGUGCCUAGGUAGGAGGAUUUGCCAUCACGACGCCCUAUUAUUCCUCUCUGGAGAAGCUCUUUUCUGUUCCAACUUGACAUUGCUCGGUGAACAAUUCAUUUUUCUCACUGUCACGACUGAUCAACUUCUAUAUUCUUGGUGGUUUGUAAUUUUUUAUUUACAUCUACUGACGAUGUCCGAAGAACUAAACUUGACAUAAUAAGUUUUACGUUUACUGUUUUCUUCA